AUGCGUUUCAAAAGCCAGAUUAGAAAUGUGAACUUGCUAGCCAAAUUCUGUGCCUCGUUGGCGUCACUUGGGCAAAUCGCCUGGUGUCGACUCAACGAUGAAGAUGUCCAAUUCACCAUCAUCCCCGACAAGGGAAGCCAGGUGUGGUCUGUCUUGAGACCGGAGAUGAUCUUCGACACCUACAUCCUCCAGUCGGCGUCACCCCAGAACACAAUCAAUCUAGAAGUUCCGAUCCAGGCGCUUUCACGCGCCCUCAAAUCCGCACUCGGGUCAACUUCGACUCAGAUCAGACUAACCAAGAAAAACAAUGUGCCCAUGCUAUCGCUGACUAUUGUCACGAAUACCUUCAGUAGUGGCAACAACGUGGUCGCGGCUGCAAAUACCGCUCGCGAACGAGCCGGUGCCGGGGCGUUCGAUUUCGAUGACAAUGACCUCUCCUUCAAUGAGACCCAGGGCGAGGCAGCCAGGGAACGAGAAACCGUCAUCACCCAAGACAUACCUGUCAAAGUACUCGCCAUGGAGGUCGUUGAGAGAUUGCACCAGCCGCGCACCCCAGAGCCGGAUGUGAACAUCUGCCUUCCCCCCCUCACUCAGGUCAAGACGAUAUCGGAGCGCUUCACUAGAUUAGCACUCGCCACUACCAAGACCUCCUCCAGCGUGAGCCCUCGACUUGAACUUAGCGCUAACAUGUACGGUUCGCUCAAAAUCUCCGUCAAAACAGAUGCCCUCAAUAUCUCAAGCAGGUGGACAGGGCUUGCACAUCCCGAACUUGAUCCCGCAUUCUUCCCAGACAUGGCAAAUCACCCGACCACUAGGAUGAAGGAGCUAGGUGGACCGAAUGGCGAGAAUGAGGCAGGCUGGUCAAAAGUCCGCAUCGACGCGAAGGACUGGUCAAGGGUGCUCAGCGUUGGCCGAGUUUGCACAAAAGUCAUUGCGUGUUUCAUCAACGAGGGGGCCUUGGUGCUGUAUGUCUAUCUGCCGGCCGACGAACAUGGCGAUGAAGGUGACCCAUGCCUCACGUACUACAUCAGUUCUUUCGAUGCUUAG